AUGAUUAAAAAUAACGGUCAUCCUUCAACCAGUUAUACUACUGCAGAUUAUGAAGUAUUUUCUAAUAAAAUUAUGCAUUUUUGAAUUUUUAUUAAGUUGUUAUUAAUAAAUUUACUAUUUUUUAUAAUAAUCAGAUGAGUAAUGCAAUGGAAGAACAUCCCAUGGAGGUUCAAACAUUGCCAGAAAAAGUGGAGACAUUUUUGGAAAAUAAUGGUAAAGUUAAAAAUAAAAAUAUGUUUUUAUUGUAGUAACAUUUUGAUUCAGUAAAAUUAAUGUGUAAUAUUAAAUUAUUUUAAAUUUCAUGUAUACUAAAAGAACAAGAAAUUGAACAAAGAAAUUUGGAAAAUCAAAUGCAGAUCUCAUCAACAUUUUACUCUGAUCCCUUGGUGUAUCCUUUUCUUGAGAAUGAUGCAACUAAUAGUACAGAUUUCAGGUUGUAUUAUAAUUUGAUUAUAUUUAAAAUAUAUCUGUGAUUAAAAAUAUAACUGUUACAGCUCAUAUGAGUAUUUGGGUAAAACUUUUGACGUCUAUUUAUCUGUUUUGGAAAUUAAUUUAAACACUUGGCGCCUAUCAGACAAAGAUAAAUUUUGGAUUACGGAAAGUGCUUUGUGUGCCAUACCCUUUGGUAACACAGAUAUACGCAAAUGGACUGCAGAUGAUGUCGUUCUUUAUCUUGAUAAAUUUGUUCUACUUUCAUCUCCAAUAAACUACUACAAUUAUAGUUAUCCUAAAAAACAAACCUUUGAAAAUUUUAAAACUAAAGUAGAUAUCAAUUAUUUUCAUUUUUUUGUAUUUUUAUAGAAUUUUUAAUAAACUUCUUUGUUUUGUAUAGGAUAUAAAUGGUGAAGCAUUUUUGGCACUUAGUUUGACUGAUCUAUUGGCCACGGUAAAACCACCCAAAAGACGUCAAAUAUUAAUGAUAUAUGGAGCUAUUUUGAUUUUAAAAAAAUACAUUGCAGUUUAUUAUACAAAAUUAAUUGAAAGUAAGAAACAUGAAGGAUAAAGUCUUCACACAUUACAUUUUUAUUUUUAUUUUUACAUCAAACAUUGUAAAUAAUAACUUUUUUUUUUAAAUUGCCAUAGAUGCAUUUUUAUUUAAACGAUAAAAGAAUCUUUAUAAAUACAAAUCAGUAGAAGUAUUAAUACAUACAAUUCAAUAUAUAUAUAUAUACAUACAAAGCGCGUGCAAGGUUUUACUUCCAGUGAAACAACACCAUGCUUAAUCAAAAUUAGAUUAAGUCAAAUGGCUUCAGUUCUUUGAAUCGUCUGAUGUCUUGCGAGUUGUGUCAAGGAGUUGUAUUUGUUUGAAGCUCUAGUCUUCUUGCCUGUUUGCGAGGAAACCAGGUAAUUUCAUCCUGCAUGGAUGAAAUUUUCAAAUUGCGGUGGAUGGUGUUGUUCUAUUAUCAUACUGAUAUGCUGCGACAAUGGUCUGAAGAGCAAUGCUCUGAUAUCGUUGUAUUAUUCUGAUAUUGGACUUACUGAGAUAACCCCACAGUUGAAUACCAUAAAUCCAAAUCGGUUUAACAAUCGAUACAUACAAGAGACAUUUGCUGCUUAAGUUUAUAGGAUCUCAGUCACAGCUUGUUGGUCCUUUCUUGUUGAUAGUAUUGUUGUGUAAACAUAGCUAUCAUUGUAUUGUCGUUAGUUGGAAUAUCAGCUGUAUAGAGUUAGUACAAAAUAGGUCAAAGAAUACUACCUUGAGGUACUCUAGCUGAUAUACUCUUCCAAUUAGUUAUCGUUCCUUCGUAUCUAACGCGAAAAUGUCUUUCAGUCAGAUAUGAUUUGAGGAGUGUGCACCAUGUGCGGAAGCUGCUCGCCUAGUUUUAACAAUAGGCCUUUGUGCCAAACUUUGUCAAAGGCUUGGGCUACAUUCAGGAAUAAUCCACAACAAUAAUUUUUCUCUUCUUACGCCUUACUAAUCACAUACGUUCCUUAUGCGAUGAACUUGGUCGAUGGUCAAGUAUUUUAUACGAAAUCAAAACUAGUAAUUUGGUAUAAGUUGCUUUGUUUUAAUAAUUGAGUUGAGAUGCUUAAGAAGAAGUUUUUCAAAUAGUUUUGACAUUCAUGGUAGAAGCGAUAUCGGUCGAUAGGAGGAGGCUUGUUCAGUUGGUUUUCCGGGUUUGAGCAACAUGAUUACCUCUGAUUUUUUCCAUUGCUUUCAAAUUCUAUUCGAAUGAUGGCGUUUUAUAUGUUGGUAAGAUGGAUAAUUGUCUUCUUAAGUAGCUCUUUAAGGAUAUGUGGAAUUGAUCUCAUCGAACUCAGAUGCCUUUUUCGUGUUGAUGUUGGUGUCGAUUUCAUGAACCACUUCGGUGCAAAGUGAAUUCUUUUGUAGAAUUUAGUGGCUGGUAUUGCUUGUUGUCAAGUUUAGAAGGAUGUCAUUUGGCUAAAAUACACGUUCAAGAUGUCGAUACUUCAGCUUUAUUCUGUUCGCUAUGCGCCCAAGUUCCAUCUUCCUUUCGGAUGGGUGGUAUAUGGACGCAAGGUCUUUUUAAUUGUCUUGUGGCUAUCGAUAACAAGUAAUCAGAAUCUUCUGUUGCAGAUAAGCCAUAAAAAUACGAUUUAAACAUUUCAUUUUUUAUUUUUUUGAUUUUAUUGUGUAGCAAUUUGCUGAUUCGAUUUUAUCGGAUGGGUGCAGAGUUCUGUGGCAGAUUCCUCUUGCUCGCCGCUUUUGUUGAACAAGAUCUCUGAUUUCCUUCGGGUAGGUGAACUGAAGGUCAUUCCCUUUGUGAGCUUUGGGUGUUGAAGUUUUUGCUGCUUUAACAAUAUUAUGAGUUAGUUUUUGUACUGACAAUUCAAUGUCAGUUGACGAUUGUAGCCGCACAUCAAGAGAGAUAGAUUUUUCAAAAGUAAUUCUAUAAAGAUCGCAGUCUGUAUGUUUGUUAGAAAAUGUUUUUGUUUUUUCAUAAUUACAUUUGAACUCAAUGAUAAUAACACAAAAAUGUGAUCGGAUGUUAGCUCUAUUAGUUCUUCAGCUUCAACAUAAUUGGAGGAAAUACCUUUAAUUACGAAGAAGUCAAACAGAUCGGGGAUUUUCCUAGAAACGGUUGGCCAAUAGGUUGGCUCUCUGGUAGAAAUUAUAUCAGCGUUUAUACUAUAAGUUACUUUUAGUAGAGCGCGUCCUUUCGGAGUGAUCAGUUUUGAUCCCUAGUGAGAGUGCUUGGUGUUGUAGUCACCACCAGCAUUAAACCUGUCUCUUAGCGUUUGGAAUAUUGAAUUGAAUCUAGUUUCAUCUGCAUCUCCUUGGGGUGGACAAUAAAUAUGUGUGACCGUGAGGUCAUGGUUUUCAUCUUUAACACAAACACUUGUGGCUUGUAUGUGCAGUUCUGAAUAUUCUUCAAGUUUGAAGUGUUUUAUAGUUUCUCUUAUGACUACAGCUGUACCUUCGCAUGCUCUAUCACUCAGAUGUAGAGUUGUAUACAUUUUGUAGUUUUAGAAUAGUUCACGAUGUGAAGUGUAUUUCAGAUAUAAGGGCAAUGUUGAUAUUUUCAGUAUUUAAAAAGUUAUCAAGUUCUAAUUUAUGCUGUACUAGCCCAUUGGCGUUCCAUGCUACAUGCAAAUAAUAACUAAAAUUAAAAAUGUUAUACUUUUAUUUUGAUUAAAACUAUAACAUAUGUCAUUAACACUGAGAAUAUUAUAGAUUCAGAGGGUAGUGAGGAAUACAUUGGUUUUAUUGUAUGUUAGAUUUUUUUUUUUUUGGUUACUAAACAACUUUUCAGUAGUAUUAAUCAAGUGAUUCAUGACAUUUUCUACCUAUUUAACUGAUUUUAACUUCUUUUCAAAAAUAAUAAAUAAAAAAUAUAAAUCAAAAGAAAAACAAUAGCUAAAAUAUCAAAAAAAAAAAAUUUACUGGUAAACAUAAAUAAUGUAUACUUUUACAAUAUAAAAAUAAAUUAUAAUUGUUAUUAAACAAAUAAAUGAUAUCAUAAAUGGUUAUUAAAAAUUGGGACAUCAAGUUUAAUUUGGAAUUUAGGACCAUGAGAAAAUAUAUUUUACUGUUAUUAGUCAAUCCUAUGUGUAAUUUAAUAUUUUAAAAAUAGUUUAUACACAUUAAAAAAAAAACUAACAUUUUUCCCGCAAUAGGUGGGCCACUGUUGUAGGUGAAAAGUUGGGAAAGUAUAAUAUAGAGGAAAAUUUAAAGUAUUUUUGUGUGCAACAAUUAAUCAUUGCUAAAAAAAACCAAUUCAGAUCAGAGUUCAGUUAUUCAUUUUUUAAAAGGCAUUUUUUUUCUUUUAACAAUCAUGAUUUUUGUCAAAAUAUAAUAUUAUAAUUUUUAUAUAAAAAUGUGGUGUAUUUACCAAGUACCUACCAAAUAAAUAUUAUGUAAAAGAACUUGCAAUAUUAAAAUGUCUAAAAAUGGCUCAAAUAUUUUAAAAAUUAAACCACAUCUAUAAAAAACACACAAGGUUUCUGCUCUAAUUACUUUUGUAAAUUUUACUGUUAAUUCAACUGUUUUGAAAAAUCAAUAAAUGACCUACCUACCUCCCUAAAGAACCACCUUAGGAAAAUUUCUUUUUAGAAAAUUGCUACACUUGAAAAUUAGAGCAAGAUAGAAAAAUAAAAAUAAUAAUAAAUAUUAUCAAUACAUAAAACCAAUAUAUUUUUUGCUCGGUUCAGAAUUUAAAUUUGAUUUAAAAAUACUUGAAAAAAACAAAACUAACUAAACCCUAGAUCCUUUAACAGAACUUGAAUAAUACAAUAUAUAGUAUAUAUCAGGAACGGCUAAACAAUAAACUGGUAGAUUGCGGACAAUAUCAAUGUUGAUCUCACUUUUAGAUUCUGAGUGGAGUGAAAAAUCUUGUGGUUUCACAAAGAUGUUUAUUUUUUUAUUUUAUUUUUUAUCUGAACACAACUUUUCUGCCAGCAAUUUUGCUCCAAAUUUUAUUGGUAUCAAUAUUUCUAAAACGAAAUUUCACUAGGAAGGUACUUUAGAAAGGUCAUUUUUUGAUUUUCCUAAAAGUCUUCCCAGCAAAUAUGAAAAACAUAGGAAAACUGGGAAAAUCGGUACAACAUUAAACAAAUUUUAUUAAAGAAAAUAUAUAAAGCCUAUUGAAUUAUUUUAUUAUAAUAUAACAUUCUAUAUUGUUGACAAAGCAUCAAUAUCAACUGAACUCCACUCAGAAUCGUGUUUUCGUAAGCACCAGUGGCUACACCUGUCCUCAUUAUUUUACCUAUUGUUAAAAUUUAUUUUUAUACAAUUAGUAGAUUGUAGAUAAAUAAUUAAUGAGCAUUUGAAUCAUAUUAAAUCAUUUGUUAAUCAAUUAAUACAGUUCAACAGUUUUUCAAAUUUAUUUUUUGUUUAUUUUAUUUAAAAUACUAUAUUGAAGUCCUAACAAAAGUCUACUGAAAAACAUUAUUUGACUAAACAUUUUAGUUUUUAUUAUUUGUAAAUGCAUGUUAAUUAUUAAAAUAUUAUAAUUUUUUUUUUUCUUUAGAAGUUAAUCUACUAAGGUAAAAAUUUAUUUUUAGUAGAUCUCUACCAAAAAAAUUUGGUUACCACUGGUAUACAUGAUACUUAUGGUUUUGGGACUUCCUAACUAUCACUCGUGACCCUCAAGUUGAAUACCACUGCACUAGACUAUACUUUUCAAAAUAUUUGGGCAUUUUUAAGUUACUAAUAUCUCUUUUUGUUUUAUAUAGAUAAAAAUUUAAUUUAACAGCUUUUAAGUUUAAUUGUAUGUUAAAAUUUGUUAAAAACACAUACAAUUGUAAUUCAUUUUGUAAUCAUUGAUUAAUACAAUUAUAUAUUUAAAUUUAUUAUGAAAUGUUUAACCAAACUCUUAUCAAAUAGAUAUUUGUUUAAUUAUUAAUUAUUUGUCAUUGCAAACAGAUAUAAACUAAAUUAUCCUAUAUAUCCUUUGUUCUUUACUUCCCACCUACAACAGUUGGCCAACUUUUUGUGUCAAUUAUGUGUUCGCUUUUAUACAAAUAUUUAUUUUUCUUUCUAGCAUAUGAAUCUGAAUGUACUGGUUUUGAAAAUUCAUUUAUUGAUGACAUUGUGCCUGCUGAUUUGUGUUUGAAUUCGGAUAUAUAUUUCUCUGUUUUGGAAGCCGAGUUGAAAAUUUUAAAACUAUCGACCAAAGAUGCAUUUUGGAUUACAGAAAGUGUUGUGAGUAGCAUGCCAAUGUUUGGUACUAUUGAUGUACGUAAAUGGUCUGUUAAAGAAGUAAUUGUGUAUCUGAAACAAUUAGUUAAAGUUUCAUCUCCAAUAAAUUACACCAAUUAUAAUGAUGCUGAACAAGCUAACAUGUUUGGAAAAUUCAUAAAUGAGGUACCUAUACAUAUAUUUUUAUUUUAUUUAUUUGCAUACAAUUUUUGAUAAACUUUGUUUUUUGUAGGAUAUAAAUGGCGCUGCAUUUUUAAUGCUCACUCAGAGGGACCUAUUGAACUUAAUAAAACCUCCUAGCAGACGUCUGGUAAUGAUGAUAUAUGGUGCUAUUUUAAUACUAAAAAAAUACUCCGACAUUUUCCAUCCUUAAAGAAUAAGUAACUAAAAUAUAUUUAGUGGUUAGUACUAUAGGCCUAUAUAAUAAGAACUUAGAGUAUAUAUAUAGUAUAUAUAGUGUGUCUACACUAAUUAAUUUUAAUUUUAAUUUUGUAUUUUUAGUGGUUAAUUUUAGUAUUAUACAUUUUCAUGCAUUCAGCAUUUUUUAUUAGUUAUGCUUAUGUGCAUUACAACUUUUUUUUUAUUAAAUAGCAACUACCCCCUUUUAACCACUAAUUAUUUCUCUUUAUAAUUGUUCAUAAAUUUAACGAUAAAACCACUUUUCGAAGUACAAAAUUAUCUGAGAUACUGAAAUUUAAAUUUAUUUUAUAUUUUUACUGGGAGAUCAUUAAGUAAUGUUCAAUUUAAUGACAGUAAGUUUAAAAUACCAGAAAUGGUAACAAAUAAUAAAUUAUUUUAAACUAAAUAAAUCCUGUUACAAUUUUAAUCAAUAUUGUGAAAAAUUGUAUGAAAUUGAACAUAUUGGAUUUUGAAUACAUUUUUAUAGCUUAUCUCAGAUAAAUUGGACUUAGUGAGUUAUAGCUAGAGAUUGGAUUUAUAUUCUCUUAUAUUUGCAUGGAGGUGCUUUAAAAAUCUCUAAAAAGAACACUUAAAAAUGAAAACUUCAAAAGUUCUCCACUAAUGGCAUUAACUUAUUAAAUUAAGUUUCCAGUUGUACAAAUAUGAUUCUUACAAAAUAAUUUCUUUUAAUUAUUAAUCAAAUUUAUUAUAAAAAAAGAAUACUUUUUAUUAACCAUUUUAGUAAUGUUAAACAAAUUUAUUACAAGUUAAAUCCAUUGAAAAAACACAUCUAUUUUUUUUUCUUUUUAUAUAAUGUUCAAGUACUUUUUUCAAUGCUUUUUGAGACAUUUUUAAGUUUUUUUUUUUAUGAAUUUAAGAGUAUAUAAAUUUAGUCUCUAGUGAUAACUAUUCAAUAUUAUCCAGGGACUUAAAUUAAACAAGUUUGACUAGAAAUGUAUGUAGAUGAAACAAAAUUGGCAUAAUUGCAUUUAAAUGUUGUCCUUCAAAAUAAAUUAACUUAACAAUAAAUGUAAUUAUUUAAAUCAAUUUUUCAACAUUUUGGUGACAGAAACUGAUAAGUUGAAAAAUUGUUCAAUGUAAUUUCAUAUACUAAAUAAUUUUUUUUAAAAAAAUAUAGAUACUAACUUUUACCAGAAAUCCAGAGUUAAAUUUUAUUGAUAUUUCCAAUAAAUUUCAAGAAUAUUAAGUUGAAUUACAUUUAACUAUAAAAUAAUUCUAUAGUAUAAGGAAUUCAAAGUUAAAAAUUAAUAAAGCACUAUUAAUUGUUAAUUAUAAUACAAAUAAUUGAAUAUAAUAUUGAUUUAGUAGUAUCCACUAAAUGUAAAUUUGUCUAACAUUAUAUUAUUUAUAAUAGAUGAAUAUAAGUACACCUAAUAUUAAAAUGUGUGUGUAAUAAUAAUAAUAAGAAUAAUCUAUUGUACAAGUAUCUAAAUAUUAAAAUACUUAGAUAUACACUUUUUUGAUUUUAAUAAUUUAAUUAGGUAUAUGUUAAUUUAUAAGAAUAAGAAAAAUAAUUGCUGUAGCUUUAUACAAGUAAUAGUUUACUUAUUUAUUAAGUUUUAUUUUAAACACAUCAUUUUUAUAUAUCUAUUUCUAUUAAACUAUUUAUUUCAUAGUGCAAAAAUACAUAUUUUGUAUUUUACAUUGCUUUUUACUCCACUAAAAUAAUACAUAACUUGCAUGAAAACUUCUAAUUUAAUUUUAGAUAAACAAUUUGUAUACUAUAUUACGAGUAUAAUAUGUGUAAAAAUAACAAUUUUUGUUAGUAGUUUUUAAUGUUUUAUUAUAAUAUAAUUAUAAAUGGCCUACAAUAUUUUUGUUAUAUUUUAUAUAUAUUCUUUUUUAUUAUUAUAAUAAGUUAAUUCACAAAAAAAAACAGGUAGGGUGGGUUGUGAGUUUCUGGAUAUUCAGAAAUUUGACAAAAUAUUAAGGUUGUACAAAAUAAAAUUCAUUAAAAUUAUUUUAGACUGCGGAAAUUUUAUAAGUUUGACAAAUUUUGUUGGAAUUUAUUAAAUUUAAAAACGUGUGUUAGGCACAGACUAAGAUAACUUAGUUUGCGGUGGUAGGGUAAAGUAUCUUGGGUUGGGAUGGGUGGAAAAUUAAAUCUGUGAUUUAAGGUAGAAAUACAUCGAGCUGCCACUGGUGGGGAGAGAUAAAGAAAUAUUCAAAAUAGUAUAAAAGAAGUUAUUUAUUUUGUAUGGUUUUUGACAAUUUAAUUUUAUAUAGUUUGGAUUAAAAUUAAUUGUUUUUUAAGAUAUAUUAAAAUUGUUACAUAAAAAGUUAUUCAAAUUAGUUCUAGGCAGCCUAAGCUAUUUGAUGACUUUUCUUUCUUAUUAGUGGUAAAUCUAACAAUUUACUGUUGAGCUUUUUUUUGCCUAUUACUGUCUAUGGCCUAUGAUAGUGUUAAUCCAGGCUUGGAUAAACCAUGGUUGAAAUAUGCAAUAGUAAAAUAAUAUUUAAUAAUAUAAAAUAAUGUUUUAAUCAUGGAUAUGUGCACAUAGACUUAUUAACUAAUGGCCACACCCAGAUAAUAUUGAUAGAUAUGGAAAAAAGGUUUGGCGUCCACAUAUUAAUUGCGAUAAUUAAUAAAGGGCAUGUAGCGAAAGAGAGUUUAUUUAAAAGGUAAAUACAUAAUACAAACAUAUAUAAUGAUCGAAUAUGGUGUCCGUCUAGUUUGAGACGGAGAUGUCCCUGAAUGGUAUGAAGUAUUGAAGCCGUAAACUACCCAAAAUUGAAACUGGUGAGUCAGCUAAAUGUCCCGUCAGGAGCGAGGUGAAUUAUCGGUGCAACUGGUUUGUCAUAGUCGCCAUGGUGGAAUCCUGUGCACCCUCAGUGGGUCAACAGAUGUGGAGGUCCGCCUUAUCUAAAUCUGAUAUAUGUAAUAUACUAUGUCAUGAAUCACGAACCAAGAUUUAAUGGACUGGUCACGAGCAGUCAUGAAUUAAGAUAUACAGGAUACCCAAAGAACGUGUGAUAAGUGAAACUAUUAAAGCUUGAAUCUUCUCACUUUUGGCAAGACUAUCUAAUGUAUUCUUUACAUGGUAUGCCAAUAUUGAUUAUAGAAUAGAUAUGCAAUUUAUUACAUACUCUACUCCUCCAGUCUAAUCUUUUAACCGGUUUUAGAUGAUUUUUAUACCAAUUUUGACUUGAAGCGCUAGCUGUCAUGCUAAACAGUGAGAUCAGUUAGGACUCAAAAAAACAUUAAUAAGAUCUUUCAGUUUGGUGUCCUGUAUAUCUUAAUUCGUGCGAGCAGUUUAUCAGGUGCCACAAAUUAUUGUUCAAGAGAAGUUGUGGAGGGAGUCGCAAUUACGAUUUAAGACAUAUAUACAUAUCUUAAACUAUAGUCGCAAUGCAGACUAACAAUUUACAAUGCUAUCUGUUGACCGAAUUAGCAUUACUAACUGCUAAUUUCCAAGCUAAUUAACUUUUGGUGGCUUGAAUACAGAUCUGAAAUGAGCAAUACAAGUCCAACAAUAGUUUAAUAAGAACGGUUUUAUAUGACAACAAAAAUUAAACGUUAUACUCCAAUAGAUGGAUAAAAAUGACUCUCAAACAUUUUCACUAUAAGAAAAAAAAUAACUAUUAUUAACUAUUUUUUUUUUAUAAUUAAUAUUUUGAAGACAGACAGUGGUGUAUGUUGUGUAAACUACACGAAGUGGUCCACCGGCGUUAAUAUAUACCUACCAUUAGAAAUUGUACAAUAUUUCCAGCUUUUAAUUAUUGCAAUAAUAGUUGAUAUUUUAUUAUUUUUAUUUUCAAAUGAUCACAGAAAUAUAAUGCAUAAAUAUUUAUUUCGGUUUUAUAAAAAUUUCCUUCGCAACAUAAUCGAUCACCACGCUCAACAGGGAUAACAGUUUUUAUGGAAGUUUGGUAUUCAGUUUUUCUGGUAUUCGAAUGCGUUCCAGAAAGGCUCCACGCUUUAAAUUACUAUAAUAGUAUAUGUAAUUAAAUCUCAUAUUUCCUAAAAAAUGUCAUUGUCAUGUAAUUGUACAAAAAUUAUCUACUCCACUUAAUAAAAUUGACCGCCGAAACACAAGAUUACUAAAAUAGGUAAAAUAACUUUUCACGGCAGAGUAUUACUCAAAAAACCUGCCUUACAGGAAAAACUCUCACGUCUCGUGGAGUGAUUAGAUUUCGAUAACUUUUUUUUUUAGAAAAAGGAAGACAUCAUGCAAGGUGCACUGGACUUCAAUUUUUAAAAAUUAUAAGAGUUUAAAUUUUGGAGAUUUUUAUAAGUUUUUAGAUUUUUAAUAUUUUGGUUUUAGCAAUUUUAUCAAAAAUUGAAGUUCAGUGUGCCCUUCAAAAAAUCGUUCUCUAUCUAACAAAAAAAAAAAAAAAAAUAUUGAAAAAUCUGAUAAAUCUGCGAAUCGUGAGAGUUUUUUCUGUAAAUUGUUUUUAAGCGAAAAAUCAUGCUUGAAAUUUUUCUAUUAGGCUGUACCAUUUAAGAGGACAUCACAGUAGAAAAAAAAUCGACCGUAAAAACAUAGUUUCGUAGUUCCAAAAGUACUCAGGUCUCAUUAAUCGUAGAAACAUGGUUUUAGUACCGAAAUCAUGUUUCUACGAUCAAUAGUAAGAAAUCAUGUUUUUGGCAAAUUUGACGAAUUUACAGAGGUCAUAUGUCACUGUUGAGACUACAGCGCAGCGGCAGUAUUCUAAAACCGUAUACUCCCUCCGGUAAUACCCGAUUGAGUACGGUUGUUAUUGGCCGACCUUUUUGACGACCCGAUUGAGCACGAUAAAAUAAAUAAAUAUUGUGUACAACGUUGUCAGAUUUUAACUAGUACGUAUCUAGUGUAGAUGAAUAAUAGGUAAUUAGUAAAUUAUUAGCUACAUUGGUUGAAAAAGAUUUUGCUAUCGAUCGAUGGGUACCCACGGAAGUUGAAAAUAACUGUGAUAAAUAAGAAACCAGAAUUUUAUCUACAACGAUUGCUCUAAAUUGUGAUCAACUGUUAUUGUAUGUACUUACGCUGUAAAUAAAACUUGGUCACAUUCAGUCUGUUUUGUUGUCUCGUGUUCAUGUUUCUUCAAAAAUAGUAGUAUUUUAUAAAUUAUACAAUUUAUAUGAUGGGAAAUAAUGAAAUAUUAAUUAUUUUAUUCGAGAGAGACAAAGUUGGCAAAUGUUGGAGCUUUCAAGUACAGGUUUAUUGGGUUAAGAAAAAAAGGAGAAUUUUUAAAAUGGCAAUGUACAAAAAAUGAUUGUACAGCUACAGCAAAAAAACAUUGCUAUAAGAUUGUAUAAAUGUUAAUUAUUCAACUAUGAGAUUGUAUAGAUAUCGAAUACGAAUUGUAUGCAAAUUGUUUAAUGUCAAUGCAAUAUCCCAGCAAUUUUAUUUGGCCCGGCAAAAAUGUUCAUUUAAUAUUAAAUUUACAAUGUUACAUGCACAUUGUAUUACUAAUAUUAAAUGGAUCUUUAAAAUCAACUUGAAUAGAUGUUAUAUAAUUAAUUUUUAAUAUUCAAAAAAUAUGACCACAAUAUUAAUUUUUCAACAUCUAUUUAGUAAUGCAUAUUAAAUAUUACAAUAAUAUUUAUAGGCAUUAUCUAAUAUCCAUUUAAUGCCAUAAUAGUAUUGAAUGCAUAACCAUUAGAUAAUAUUGAAGAAAUCUAGUUACCUGUUAUGAAAUGUCAUGUAGGUAUAUUAUAAUAGAACAUUAUUAUUUAUUAGGAACUUUUGAUUAAAAUUAAACAUUUUAUACAUAUCAUACUAAUAAUUAUUUCAUUUGUUUUAUUUUAGUGUAUUUCAAUGACAAAUAUUAGAAUAUUUAUACCAUAUGAUAUAAUAAUAAUUAAAAUAUAUUUAGUACAAUUAAUAAAUUUAUCCAUCUUCAGUCAUGUCUUCUGGUACUUUUUUUGAAAUUUGUUCAUUUCUUUUGACAACAAAUGGUCUUUGUGCUAAGUAUUUUUGAAUUNAAAAUUAUGUUUAACAGAAAACAAGUUAAGAGGACGCCCUACCCGCAUAUGUGUUGUCCCCGUCUUACUAACAUAUACUGUACCGAAAUAUACAUUCAGCAAUUCCAAUUGUGUGUGUUUAAUCUUAAUGUAAAUAACCUAUUAUAGGACUCAAGGGUAAGAACAGUGCGGUCUCUCAUCGGCUUGAAUUAUGAGAAUAAUUAAAUGUGAAGGUAAUGCAUCUCUUAUUAAAUUAUAAUAUCAAUAAUAAAAACAAAUAUAUAAAAACUGUCAAUCAAUAUUUUACCAAUAAUUACUGAAUAUAUAUAAAAUGAUGAAAAUUUUUUUUUUGCCCGAAUACCAUGAAACAAAUAACUGCAUAAUAUUUUAUCGUUGAACAAUUUUUCAAAAAUUCGUUUUAUGGAUCGUUUUAUGUUUAUGCCUAACAGUCUUAUUAAUUCUUGUAUCUAAAAAAUAAAUUAAAGAUAUAAAAUAACUUAUAAGAGUGUACAUGUAUACAUGUAUUAUAUAUUAUACAGUAUUUUUGUUUUUAAUUUGAAGCUAUUAAAUAACAAAUAAAAUUAAACCAGAAAUGUAUAAACUAUUUUUAUUAAAUAAAAAAUUGUGGAAAUCGUUUAUUAUAUUUUAUUUAUUAAAAUGUAUUUAGUAAAAUCAUUUGUUAAUUUUAACUGUAUGCUAUUUGAUAGCACAUUAAAUUAAUUUCAAGAUGUGAUUGUAUAUGGUAUCAAUAAUAAAUACUAUUUGGAAAUGAAAUUUUUUAUUUUCUUUUAGCUUAUUAUCGAAAUCCAGAAGUUCUUCCUCCAAUUCCAUUGUUUUAAAUAUUGGUUAUCCCAUUACACUAUUUAAUUGGCUUUUAGUAGCUUGCAGUUGAAUGUCUACCGUCCCAUUUCCAACCAAUUUAUCCAAUUUUUUUUCAAUCCUCUAAUGUUUCAAAUAAUGUGCGGUUAUCGUACCUCAAUCCUGAAAUUUGCUUAUCUAUUGAAUUUACUUUACCAUCUAAAAAUAUUAUUUAAAUUUAGCAUUAUUGUGUUUUACAAGAGUAAAGUACAUUUUAAGUAGGUACCUACAUUUAUAAAUAAUGUGUCCUGAUAGAUAUAUACAUACAAACUCAGUUAUGGAUGUUGUAUAGGUUGUAACUUGUAGGUNGACAGACAGCAUUAUAGUACAUUAAAACUGCAUUUUAUUCCUUCUUGAAGUUGAUAUUAAAUAACAUAUGAACACUUUGAAAUACAUUUACCAUCUAAAAAUAUUAUUUAAAUUUAGCAUUAUUGUGUUUUACAAAAGUAAAGUACAUUUUAAGUAGGCGCCUUUAUAAAUAAUGUGUCCUGAUAGAUAUAUACAUACAAACUCAGUAAUGGAUGUCGUAUAGGUUGUAACUUGUAGGUAUAUGCAUGAAAAUGAAGAUACAAUGUAAUUCUUCAAUUACAGAUAUGCAACAUAUUAUAUAAUAUGGUAUUAUGUACAUUAUACCCACUGACAAAUACUAAGGUAAUCAAAGAAUAAAAUAUAGUACUUACUUCUGACGUUCAAAUAAAUAAUCACUUGUACUAAAUAAGCAAAAAAAAAACUAUAUAAUANAUGAAAAUGAAGAUACAAUGUAAUUCUUCAAUUACAGAUAUGCAACAUAUUAUAUAAUAUGGUAUUAUGUACAUUAUACCUACUGACAAAUACUAUAGUAUUUAGGGGAACAAAUUUUAAUUGUGAUAUAUUAAACAAACUGAUUCAGUAAACGCUAUCUUAAUACGUAAUAAUAAUAUGUGAUUAAAAAUCAAUAAAAUAUUUUUAUUUAUAAAUAUUUAUGUUCAAAUGUAUUUUAUUUUUUAAUAAUAAUAUUCUACGGUACAUAGUGGCAACGUUGUACCUAUUUCCGUGCUCAAUCGUGUUGUUUUUUGAGUUUCUAUCAUUUAAUUGGGACGGCAAAAAAUCCUGGAAAAUAAUCGUACGAACUUUUUUUUUACCAUAAAGUAAGAAUUAAUAAACCUGUUAAAUUUUCAAGCAUUUCUGUUAAAUCUAACAAUUUUAGCACAGCAAUUUUCUAUCAAAUAAAAAUUACGUACACAUUUGCAAAAUUAAAAUGUCAAUAAAUAGCUCAAAAAAGGCUUAUAUUUUUUAAAGAUUUUACCACGUCUAGGAAAGGCAAACAUAAAUUUUCUAUCCGAAUUUCAAGUCCAUCGAUUUGAUACGAAUAUUUUUAACUGAAUUAACAAAUAACAAAAUUGAUAAAUUAAUAAAAGUAUUAAUUUCGUACAUUUCCUGUUUUUUCUUACGUUUUAUCCUGGUUUUUCCCAGAUAUUAUGAAAACCGUUUGGAAAAUCAAAAAAUGAUCUCCUAAAAGUACCAUCUAAACAAUAUUUCUUUUUAGAAAUGGUGCUGUACAAAAAUCUGACUGGAGUGGUAUUUAUGGAGUUAAUUUUUUUAUUUUCUCAAGGGUUUUCCCAUUAAUUGAAUAAACUGGGGGAAAACAUAUUAAAACAAGGAAAAAGGGGAAAAUAGAUCAAUAUUAAACAAAUAUUAAAGAAAAUAUUUAAUGCCUAUGCAAUUAAUUUACCAUACUAUAACAUAUAUUGUUGACAAAGCAACACUAUCAACUGAACUCCACUUAAAAUUGUUUAUUCGUUAUUUUUACACAUCCUCUCAUUGUACGUAAAAAACGGCCCACACUUUUGUCUUAAAUUUCUUUGGAAUAAAACAAAUUUUAUCGUUUUAAACUAAGAAUCUACAGUCACGUUACUCAAAUGAAUUUCAAAAUCGUUUUUAUAUUUAUAAUUCACGACUGGUGUCAAUAUUGGUAUGAAUGAUACAUAUUUCUCUAUAAAAUCAUUUAAAUAUGUGUCAUCAAAAUAAUCGUUCUCUAUUAAUCCAUCUUCAAUCUGAUGAUCGCUUUCAACUUUUUUUUUUAUUUUCAAAAACCUAUAGUAUAGUUUAGGUUUUGUUGUUUCUGAUUCAUAAAAUAUUUGGUUUAUAUAAUUUUUAAAAUAAUCCCUACUUACGUUUAUUUCAUCGUUUUCAUUGAUUGUGGAACUAUAAUUACAAUCAUUUUACUUGAUACUUAAUACGUUAUUUACAUUUUCAGUUAUACUUAGUAACAAAAAUAUAUCUGUAGUAAAAAAUAAUACAAACCAAGUUUCUACAUUUUCCACGGUCGUACAAUUAAAGAUGUUUUUGUGCGAUUUUCAAUUGACAAAGACUAUUUAACUAGUGGAACGUAGUAGUGGCCUUACUACGUCGAGUCUUAUCUUUGACUUCUCGACAACGAACACAUAGAGUAUGCGGCAUAUUAGGCGUUUACUAAAACUAUUAGAUAGUCGUAACCCCUAUCGUUCGAAUUAAAGUCGUAGUAUAUAGGCAGAAAUAAACAAUUAAAAAGACUACGAAUACUCAAACUGUUGGUUAAGUAGUAUUUAAUCUUUAGGUAGAUGUUAAAGUAAUAACUAAUUAAACGAAAUGUAUAAAUAAAAUAAUUUAUUGGUUAACCAUUAACCUUCAAAUAAUUAAAUUUCAAAAGAGCUAAACUCUAAUUAAAAUAAAGCAAACUUCAACUUAUUAAGUACUCUAUAAAUUUAAUUUAUAUAAAUCUAUAUUUAUUUUAACUGAAUUACAACCGUUUUUUUUGUUGAUAAAUUUCCCAUUCAUUUUCUGAUUUUCCUCAAUUAUUAAGAAAACUGCUUGGAAAAUAAUAACACAGUAUACGAAUUAACCUACUAGAUUAAAAAUGCAACAAAAAGCCUAAUCCUGCAUAUUGAUUUAUGCCGUUUUGUGUCCAUAGUGACGUUUGUUAUUUUAUUAUAUAACUAUCAUAUAUUGAUAGCCAACCUAAAUAUAUAUUUUUGCAGUAUUAAAUCGAUAACUUAGUAAUGCGGGUUAUUUAACAAUGUUUUAUAGACCUUACCUAAUAAAAGUUAUUAAUUUCUCAUAGCGUUUAGUAAAUAUUAAAAUUAUAAGUACUUGCAAUGUUAAAUGAAAAUGCAUUUAGGUAUUAAAAUUCGGUAAAUUAGUAAUCUAAGUUAUACUUGAAAUAUGGAAAAUGUAUAUACCAAGGAAACAAAAGAAACGAUGAUUCGCAUUUUAAACAACUUUCUCUCGGAUUUAAACGAUUUAUCGCAAGUGAGUUUUUAAUCAAAAUAUUUCGUUCAAAAGUUAUUAAAGUGAAAGUUUUAGAUUCUGAGUGAAGCAAAGCAGCUUAUGGUUUUAUAAAGAUGUUUAUUUUUUUUCUGUGGACGACUUUUCAACUCGACUUUUAACUCGCAUAGAUUUUUAAGUGUAGCACUUUUUCUGAAAGGAAAUCGGUGUGAGGAGGUAAUUUAAAGAGAUUAUUUUUUCUGCGUUUUCUUAACAAAUAUAAAAAACCGAAAAAAAACAUAGGAAAACAAGGAAAACCAGAAAAUGUAAGAAAUGUAGGUAUUAGUUAAAAAUAUUAUGGUCUUCUUUUGUUGACAACCUGUGGAAAACUUUUCUACCACCAAUUUUGACCCAAUUUAUAAUUAUAACAAUUUUUCUAAUAGGAAAUUUCACUGGGGAGGUACGUUUUUCAAUUUUUUUAAGAGCAUUCCCAGCAAAUGUAAACAACGAGAAAAAAAUGGGAAAACUAGGAAAACCGUAAGAAAAACGGGAAAAUCAGUACAAUAAUUAUUAAAGAUAAUAUAUAAUGUCUAUUUAAUUAUUUUACCAUAACAUAACAUAUACAUUGUUAACAAAGCAUAACUAUUAACUAAACUCCGCUCAAAAUCGUUUUUUCGUUAGCAGUAGUUAAUCGUUGCUAACAGAUAUACAUUAAAUUACCUAUAACGGCUGCAUCCGUUCCUAUUAUCCUAGGAUGUCUUUUUUUUUAUUAUUAAAUAUAGUCAAUAGAUAAAUUUAUAAUGCAGUAAAAACAAAAUGUAUUAUCGCAUAAUUUUGAUUAUUCUGGUUUUCACUUUAAAAAUUAGAUAGAUACUCAUUAUUUAUUCUUAUUGGUACCAUACCUUUGACUUGACACCAUUUUCUACAAAAAUAUGUUUAUAUUCUUUUCUUAUUUGAAAAUUAAAAUUAGUUCUUCAAUUAUUUGAGACAGCUGUUUAUUUAGUUAUGAAAUUAAUUUUCUUUGAUAGAACAGUUAAAAAUAGUUUGGACCAGUUCCAUAUUGUUUGGAAUAGUUUGAACAAUUUAAAAUUCUGUAUCAAAUAAAUAUUGUUUAACCUAUCGGAGUUUACAUAUUAAAAAUCAUAUCUUCCCAUGGUUUGAAAAUUGAAAUGAUUUUCAAGAAUAUAUAUUUAUAUACCAAGGUCCUAGGUAAUGUUUCUCAACAUAAAUAAUAUUUUACAUACUCUAUCAGAUAAAAAAAUAUAUUUCUUAACUGUAAUUUGUAAUUAAUUUAAGCUCUAUAAUUAUUAUUGUGAUUGGAUCAUGCUUUCAGUGUAGCUAACGUGUAUCAAAAUUAUGUAUUAUAAUACUCGUAGUUAUUAAUUUUUUAAAGAAUACACCGAAAUUCCGGUUUGAUGCAUGUUUGAGUGUUCGAUUCGUCACUCGACUAAUUAAACAGUUGGAAGCGGACUACGAUGCAGAUUUGGUUUUUAUACGAAAUUCAAGAAAUGAUUUUCGUACCGUAGCUGUUUACGACUACAAGCCGAACAAAUUCAAUAUAGAUCAGCAGACACACGAAAAGCUCAAACAAGACGUACAGAGAAUGCUCGGUGAAAGAAACAAAAUCGAACAUCAUUUUAAUAUCGUGGACCGGCAAUUACAGUUUGCAAUGAAAAAAAAAAUGUUCGUACAGUUGGUUUACAAAAAUGAAUAAUUUGGAACAUCAAAAUAUUCAGAUUGCAAGUACAUAACAGUUUUUUCAAUAUUAUAAAUAUAUUUUUUUUUAUUACAGAAUGAAAUCCGAAGCUAUUAUCAUCGCGGCAAUGAAAGAACACGAACAUAAAAUACUAAACUUAAAAUUAGAGUCGAAAAAAAUUGUUACGAAAAUUGAGUCAAACGCGAAAAUUAACGAAAUUGAAAAAAACAACUUGACAUUGAUCAGGUAACAGUGACGUAAUUAAGCAUUGAUAAAUAUUAAAAUAUUAUUAGACAUAAUUCAUAACAUAAAAUAAAGAACAUCCAUUUACGAUCACUUACUUUUUCUUACAAUUAUUAUUUAAUAAUAUUAGGUCACGAUUAAGUUUGUUCGAUUUCAGCAGUCUUCAUUAAUUCACAAAAUUAACCUAGCUCGGUUGCAGAUAACCGUUUAUCUAUAAUCGUGGUACCCAGUAUCUAACCAUGGAACACUGAUUGUUAUUAGCAGGUCCGUCACCAUAGGGGGGGGGGGUAAUAGAGGCAUUUCCUCCGUAGACCCGUUCAUUGCUCCCCCUAGAAUUUUUAUCUGAAGACGGCCAUUUUCGAAUUAAUCGUUACAUUGAAAAAAAGAAUACGAGAGUAAAAAAGUCAUAAUAUUGUUUUUUUCUAAUACCCCCUCUAUAACUCGGUUCGCCGCCUCCCUCCUGAAGAAUAGAUCUGGCUAAAGACCUGGUUAUUAGAUAAAAUUGUAUUUUGCAACGUAAAUAUGUUUCUUCUUCUAUAAGCUAAGUUUGUAUAGAACAUUUUUAAGCUUGAAAUCAACUUGAUUAAAGUAUUUGACAGAUUAACCAAUAAUACAAUUAAUGACUAUGAAGAAACUAUAAUUUCCUUCAAUAUGUUAAUAGGUACUUAAUUUGAUAUAGUCCGUUUACUGGGUUAUAAUAAAAUACAUCGAGUCUAAUGUUUACAAGGUAAUUUAAACUAUUAUAUGAAUUAUAUUAUAUGUAUGCCUAUAUGAAUUAUUGUAAAAAACUGACGUCAUUAACUAUAGAAUUUUAUAUUAUAAGAAUGAAUCAUGACCUCGUAUAUUAUAUAUCUGUGAGGUUUAAUCUGAAAAAACUAAGUAUUGGUAUUGAUUCAUUUUGUUAUAUAUAUAAUGCAUAUUAAUAUACACAAUAUAUACCCUGUAGAAUAUAUACAGAGUGAUAUUUUUUAUCAUGAACUAGCAAUUUUCUCGGAGGAUUUUAAGUGAAUUUGAUUCAAGUAUAAUUUGGUCUUGAAUUUGGUUCAGUUGUCUGGAACCCUAUGCAACUAGGCCUUAUGACCAAAAUUGAAAAGGUGCAACGACGGUUCCUUCGCAUGAUAGCACAUAAAAUUAAUUUGGCUGACUAUCCUACUUCUGUAGUUGAGCGUUAGUGCAACAUGAAUUUAUUAAAAUCUGGACGCAAUUUUAUUGAUGUACUUUUUGUAUCUAUACUCUUGAACGGUUCCAUUGACUGUUCUGGUUUAUUGCAAAAAAUAUAUUUUAACGUACCACAAAAAAAUCUUAGUUUUCGUUGUUUCUGUAUUGAACCCCAUAAAAGAAAUUUUGUCCCGAGUAGCUCCUUAUAUCGGACCUUGAACUCCUGUAAUGGUUUAAGAAAUUUUGAUUUCUUUACCGAUAGUUUCUCUAAAUUAAAACAAUGUACCCUUGAUAGAGCUUAGUAUUUAGUAAUUUAGUAUUUAAUUAAUCUGUUUUAUGUAAAUAUUAUGUGUACUAUUAUAUUGUACUAUUGCCCCACUGAGGGCGUAAAUUAUUAAAUAAAUAAAUAAAUCACUUACCUUUAUUCAUUACCUUUGAUAAGUUAAUAAUAAAAUAAUGAGCAUUAUCAGCUCUAUUCACACAUAAAAUAUUAUUGAUUAUUAUAUAAAAUUAUAAUAUACAAAUUACUUUUCAGAAUAUUCAUUAACUUGAUGUCUUGAUAGAAUGAUGGAUUGCUCCAUGAGAUAGAUAAGACAGAUAUCAGUCUCUCAUGGUUCUUAUUUAUAUUUAGUAUCAAUAUUGAUUUUCACGUACUAACACGAAAUAUUAACUCAAUUUAACAAAUAUUUAUUUACUGACACGAGACUAGCUAACUAAAAAAUUAAGAAAGAUAUCUAGUGAGCCCUAAUAGCAUUUUAAAAGCUUAGGGUCUAUCUGUGGUAGCACUAUUGAGUGAUUAUUCCAAUUUUUUUUCUUCCUAUCAUUUAUUUAUGUAAUCAAAAUGAUCUACCCAUGAUAUUUUUUUUUUGAAUGUAUAUUGUUAUUAAAUUAAAAAUAUUUAAACUUUAAAUGUGACGGGCAUCUUAAAUGUUUUUAAAAUUUAACUAAUUUAUGAAAUGUGUCAACAAGAAAUCAUUAUUAUAUUUUAUGUAAAAUUGUUAAAACAUUGCAUACAAAUUGUAUAUUCAUAACAGACAAUUUACUAUUUUAAGUUAAUAAAAACUCCAUAGAUCUUCUUAUGAGGAGUAGCAAUUUUAUUAAAAUUCAAUAACUUAACCAAAUUAUUUAAAUGUGAAAGUAAUUCCUAAUUAUUAAUGUUAUCAUCAACACAUUUUAUAAACAUAGAAGUUAAAAGUAGUCGGACUUGAUAUUUCAGUACUUCAAAAUUUACUUGAUCUAAGAGAAAAAAAAAACCUAAACUUGAUUUAUUAUAUACUUAAAAGUAUUCAUAUAUCCAGUUUAAUUAGAAAAUAGUGAAAUUACGUGUUGCAAUUAUUGUAAGUUUAAAAUUAUUAAUUUUCUAAAUAAAAAAAAAAAGAUUAUAUACCUAUAACCUAUAUAGGUAUAACAUGAAUUUAUUUAAAAAAAAAUGCAUUCGUACUUUUUAAAUUGUGUAGUUUAUUUAACGAUUAAAUUUUUAUAAAGAAAUGUAUUUUAUUUCAUAUUAAUUAAAAAAAAUAAAUAAAUAUUAUUUCUUGGAAAAUUUUGAUUGGUUCAACAUAAAAAAAUUAUUCUGUAUAUUGUAUAAUAUAAGAGCAAAAAUAAAUCUCUGUUAUAGGAACGAUUUAACGGCCAAAAAGGCAAGAAUCGUACAGACAUAUGAUACUAAGAUGAUGGAAAAACACAAAAACGUCAACGACUUCAAUUCGAAAAUAAAAACGAUCGAAGCCAAUAUAGACCAAUUACAAGUAAGUAGCAAAACUAAUUAUUUCAUACGAAUUUAAUCCUACUGAAAAGCUUAAAUAUGAAAAAUGUAUUGUCAUAAUAUAAUAGUUAUACUCGUAUUAAGCACAUUACAUAGGAAUGACAAAAGUCUCAAAAUCGUCUCUAUUUGACGUUACUUGUGGACAAAACAACCAAAAUAUAAAAAAACAAAUUUUUGUUUUAAUUCAAUUAUUCCAAAUUAUUUUCGUGGAUUCUUUUUUCAAUCAAAUAAACAAACCGGGUUUUCGUUAGUCUUCAGUAGGUAUAUGAAAUUGAAAUUCUUAAAUAUUGACAUUGAAAAAAAGUAAUUUCUUAUGGUAUUAAUUUAUAUAAUUAUUUUUAUAAGUAAAUUUAUUAUAAAUUAUAAUUAUAAAGGUACAUUUUCGAUUUUCUAUAAAAUAGUGUAUAAACUAUAAAUACUUUUAUCUCACGAAUUUUCGGCUACAGACCUACGAAUUGCGUCCCAAAAUAAAAAUCCGAUAAGCGACUACACGAAUUGUGUUCCGGAUUUUUCUGGACGACUCCUCCAAUUGCGUAUAUUAUUGCGUAUAAGUUAUCCCAGUCUUAUACUAAUUAUUUUUUUGUGCAGAUUAUACUUUUAGUAUGUGUGUCUAGUGAUGGGUGGAACCGACUAGUUUUGAAUAUCGAUUAUUAAUCAAUAGUUUAAAAACCAACCGAGUGAUUUGUCGAUUGAAUAGAUAAUUUGACCCAUCAAUUGUUUUGAAAACUAUCGAAUGAAUUAGUCGAUAGGUUUCAUUCAGAAAUAGUACCGACUGGUUUUGACUAUAGAUAGUUUAAAAAACAACAGAGUAAAUAGUUUUAACUCGGUAGUGUCCAUCACUAUGUGUGUCAUCUGUUUGUUUAGUCGUAGUUCGUAUUAUAAGGUUUUAUUGUUUAAUUCGUAUAGUAGUCGAUCGUGAUUAUGUAAACGUUGCCGAAAUUUUAAAUCUUAUUGAUAAAAUGACAUCGGUGAUUUUAAGUGAAAAAAAUAAAACUAUAUUUUGUACAGAUGGAUACAAAUUUCGUUACCAUAAAAAGCAUUAAAUAAUAUAUAUAUAUAUAUAAUAUUAUUAUAUUAUAACAUUAUAUUUAAUGUUUAAAUAAUUGCUGUGAAAAAAAUCUAAGUCUUAUGUAUAUAUACAUACAGGUAUAUUAAACAAAAUGAUAAAAAAAAAAAAACGUUUUAGAACGUACAAAUGAUCAUAAUCAUAUUAAAGAUUCGGCUGAAUUUUUAAUAGACAUAAACUGAGUUGGUAAUAACCUAAAGCGAAUUGAUAAAAAUAAAUUUGCUAUUAACAAUCAUAAUAAUAAGUCUUUAUAAAACAGGAAUGAAAAUAACGUUUUUACGUUGGGACGGAAUUCAUGUAGCCGUUAAAUAGUGUAGUCCCAAUAAUAUUUUAUCGAGACACAAUACGUAUAAAAAAGGGAUUUUGGGAGUUGGGACGCAUUUUGUUUGUUGUGAUAUUUUUUUAAAAUUAUAAUCUGUUAAACAGUAGAAUAUUAUCUUAUUAGAUUUUUAAAAGAAAUUUCUAUUUUCACAUUCCAUAAUAUACAUUUAUAGUUAUGUAGGUACGUAAUUUGAUUUCCUCAGUACAUAAAAUAUCUAAAUAUUUGACGGGCAUCGAAAAUUAUUUUAUAUAGAUACACUAUAGGUUAGGUAUCUUAACCUAACCUACUCAAUAUAGUUACCUAUUUAAAGAAUAUAAUUUGUGAAUUUAUUUAGGAACUGAUUUCGUGUCAAAUGCCAUUUUACAGUGAAGUGAUUCUCGAACAAGAAAUGGAAAACGAAAGGAUUUGGAAUGAAAAGUUACAUGUAAUCCAACGUAAUAUAGCGGCUCGAAAAAUACAAAUACGUUUCAGAAGUUAUCUGAACUAUAUUAAGACUCGUGACGCCAAGAAAACCAAAAAAGGACAACACAAAAAACAGCCAACUAAAACGAAAAAAAAUUAG